CAAUGAAUUGUGAUUAUGCUCAACAGUAUUAUAGAUGUCAGAGCCGGAGGAGUUGACAGCUGAGGAGUACACUGCGCUGGAACGCGCUCUGGAGGAGGCAGAGAAGCGGGCUGCGUUCGUUGCCAAGCCGCUGGCGGACCAAACAAACGCCCCGCAAUUCGGAGGCGGUGGCGGGGCUGUCAGGGCCGCGCUGCCCCUCGGCCUCGGCACUUCCGUGCCUCACCCGUUCAAGCCGACAAGCGCUGUGGCGACCACCGAUGAGCGCGUCCUCACUCUGAGCGAUAGCGGACGCGCAACAUGCUCGGUGAGCGGCGCAGCAGUCGGCGGAGCAGCCGGCAGCGUCGGCAGCCCCACGGCACCUCCCGCCAAACGGCCGAAUACGGCUCAGCAGGUGCCGCACUGGAGCAGCCUGGGUAGCGGGGUAGCCGGCGGCAGGCCCCAUGCUUCCUUGACGUCUGUAGGCUCGCACAUGCAAACAGCGGUCCAGCCGCCUACCGUCAGCGGCUGGGGUGGGAACCACGCGGCGGGUGUUCAUGGCUCACCGUGGCCCCACCCACAGCAGCAACACCACAUCCAACAGCUGCCCAGCCACCCCUACCAGCACCAACACCAACACCAACACCAGCACCAGCAAGGCGGCGUACAAGGAGCACAUCACCCGUCCGGCGGAAACCUGUACCCCAGCCUGCACGCAGCGGCCUACCACUUGCAGCAGCCGCAGCCUGCCUGCACCGUGUUGGCAGGCAGUGCUGCCGCAGGCCCACGGCCCGACACGUCGCCGCUUCAGGCGCCAAGCUCGGGCGAUGCGGCUGUGGCUGCGGCUGCGGCGGCUUUGGGCAUGCAGCCAUUCUUGGGCGCUGCAGCAGCUGGCAGCGUGGCGACAGAGCGCUUGCAGCCGCUGGGGACGGCCGUGCCGGCCGCGUCUGUGCCUUCGCAUGCAUGGCCUGGAUGGCCCAGCGGCAGCGGCAGCGGCAUAGCAGCGCACACACAUGUACCUACACCUCAGCACCCAAACCAGCAGCAGCAGCAGCAGCAGCAGCGGAUAUCAAUGGGGGCGCCGUCGGGGGCGCCUGUGUGCGCUCCUGUUGCGUCUAGCUGCGCCGCACAGUCCCAACGCCCGUGCCAGCACAACCAAUCGCAGCAGCCACACACGGGCCCGCGCUCACACCAACCCCACCCCCAAACGGCGCCGCACCGGGUCGGCAUGGCAAGUACCACCAGCCGGGGCUCGGGUGCGCCCCCGCUGCCAGCCACCUCGCCCCAGACAGCGCUGCUGCUCGUGCCGCCGCCCCCGGCUGCAGCCCUGGCAUGGGUUUCACGUCCUCCAGGCGUAGCCCAGCUGCAGGCCGCAUCGGGAGCUGCUACAAGUGGCGGCGGUGCCUUUGUUCCUGCUGUUGAGCCUGCUGCUGCACCCGACCGCCGCCCUCCAUCGCCGGGACUGCAGCAGCAGCCACAGCAGCCCGGUCCCCUACAGCCCGUGGCGCAGUCAGCACCGGGGCCGGAGCCGGGGCCGCUAGGGCAGCCCCACCCGCACACGGCUGCCUCGCUGCUGAUUUCAGCUCAGGGGUCAAGAGGAUGCUGCACGGGGCCCAGCUUCGUCGUUGCCGCAACACCGCUGCCGCCGCCAUUGCCCUUGUGUGGUACUGUGGUGGCGCCACCUGUUCCGGAAGCAGCACCAGCAGCGCCGCCGCAGCAGCAGCCUGCAGCCUGCAGCGCCGCCAUCGGCACGUGGCCGCCUCAGCUGCCUCGGUCUUUGCAUAGGCCGCCGCUGCAGGCCACGGGGGUGCUGGAUGGGGCAGCAGGUGUGGGGGCAUGCGCCGGCGGCAGCAGCACCAACAGCUCCAGUAAAAGUGCCAUGACCUCACGAGAUGGGGAAGCAGGGCGCGGUGGAGCAGGGGGCAGCACGGCCGGGUGCUCUGCCACCGUAGCGCUUGGCAUUGCCCCAGCGGCCUUAUGUGAAGCUGCCGCGGUUGCAGCUCCCGCGAUUGCUGCCAACGGUUCCACUGCUGACAACAAUGUCAACGGUGCCAAGCCCGCCAGCUCUCGCCGCCUGCCCGCCUCAUUUUUGGCUACCACUGCGCCAUUGCCAGCGGCUGCUUCGUCGCUGCUGGGUAGCGCCAAGGACAGCCCCACGAGCGGCGGUAGCAGUACCACGGCAUGCGUGGCGGGGGCCCAAAGCAGCAGCAGUGGCGGCAAUGUGAGCAUCAGCAGGGCUGGCAGCAGCCGCGCUGCGGCGGCGGCGCUGCCGUCGAUAGCUGAGGUUCGCGCCGCCAAGGCGGCAGCGGUGGCGGCGGCAACUGGCGGCGCCGCAGCUGGCGGCGCUGUGAGCAGGCCGCGGCUGCCGGUCCUGCCGUACCAGGGCGCGAUCAGGUACGCCACCACGGCGCUGGAGGUGGAGUGGCUGGUGGGGCAGCUGGCGGCGGCCGCCCCCGCGGUGGUGGGGCUGGACAUGGAGUGGAAGCCGCAGUACGUGGCGGGUGUGCCCGCCAACCCGGUGGCGCUGCUGCAGAUCUGCUAUGCAGUGGCGCCUGCUGCGGCCGCAGCGCCCCAGCAGCCGGUGCCAGCAGCCACUGCCGCCGCCGCCGCCUUACCCGCGGUACCAGCGCUGCCCGCUGCUGCGGUGCCGCAAUCAUCAUCGGCCUCUGCAACAGCACCUGCGGCAGCUGGCAACGGGGCGGCGGAUGAGCAGCGGGUGCCUGCCGGCAGCGAGGCGACGGCAGCGGCUGGGGCAGCGGCGGGAGCAGUGGGUGCAGGUGGUGGUGCGGCAGGCAGCUCGGCAACCGCGGCCGCGAUGGGCCAGUCCGGCGUGCAGGAGCAGCGGGCGCUGCACCCCAGCUUUGAAGGCCGGCACUGCGUGUGCCUGCUGCUGCACGUGUUGCACAGCGGCAUUCCACCGCGGCUGAGACACCUGCUCGAGGCCGAGCAGCCAGUGAAGGUGGGAGUCAAUAUCUCGGGCGACGCCAGCAAGCUACGGCGCGACUGCGGGGUGGAGAUGCGCGGGCUGCUGGAGCUGGAUGAGGUGGCGAACGACCGCGUGCUUCAGGUGAUUGAGAACAUUACAGUCAACACCGAGUAUCGGUCGCGUUGGUCGCUGUCAGCGCUGGUGGAGACCGCGCUGCGCUGUCACCUGCCCAAGCCCAACAACAUCCGCUGCGGCAACUGGGAGCGCAAGCCGCUGGACGGCGCGCAGAGGCGAUACGCCGCCCUCGACGCCUACGCGGGCCUAGCCGUGUGGGCGGCCCUGGUGCGACUGCCGCGACGCCACAUCAUCGCCGCUGCCCCCUCCGCUGCCGCCCGGCAGCUCCCAGCCGCACCUUCACUUGCUGCCGCUGCCGCCGGCGCCGCGGUCGCAGCCGCGCACGGUGCUGCAGCUGUGGAGUCGGCGGCGGCAGCUCACAGUCCUGCCAGCGCCGCGACAGUUGCUGUUGAGGCUGCCGCUGUUGGGACUGCUGCCGCGGCGGCCUCGGCACCGUCCUCGGAUGUGUGAGCUUGGUUGUCAAUAUUUCAGCUGUUGAGAAGCAGGAGGUGACGCGCGUGUAACGCUAUGCGGUUUGCGGCGUGGGUCUAAGCUGCCUGUCAUGGUGUUUCGAGCCUCGUUUGUGAGUAGCGGGGAUGGUACUGCGCGAGCAACGCUCUUUAUCUGUGCAUUCGGGAGCCAUGCAUGAAGGUCAUGCUGCUGAGGGACUCAGGGACGCGGCUGG